AUGGGAGGUCAAGAUUUGUUCAAUGUGCCCAUCUUUUUCAUCGUCUUCCGCGAGACGACAGAAGCGUCUAUUAUUGUAUCCGUCUUACUGUCUUUCUUAAAAAAGGUCUUUGAGCCUGAUUCUACCAUCUUUAAGCGUUUGCGCAAACAAGUCUGGGUCGGUGCUGCAUUGGGUCUACUCAUUUGUUGCGCAAUUGGCGCCGCAUUCAUUGCUGUAUGGUACACUGUGCUUAAUGAUCUCUGGGGAAAUUCUGAAGACAUCUGGGAAGGUUGUUUUUCGCUGAUUGCUACUAUUAUGAUCACUGUCAUGGGUCUGGCUAUGCUUCGAACUGAAAGAAUGCAAGAGAAAUGGAAAGUCAAAUUGGCAAAAACCAUGGAAGACAAGGGUGAAAAGAUUGGCUUCAAGGCCUGGAUGCAAAAGUAUUCGUUCUUCUUUCUUCCAUUCAUCACUGUGCUGAGAGAAGGCCUUGAAGCCGUUGUAUUUAUUGGUGGUGUAUCUCUGGAUGUUCAGGCAAAGUCAAUCCCCAUUGCUGCCAUCAUGGGGUUUCUCUGUGGCUGUGCCGUUGGUUUGGUCAUUUACCGCGGUGGAAGUCUGCUGCAUUUGCGCUGGUUUUUUAUCAUCUCUACCAUCAUCUUGUAUCUCGUGGCUGCUGGUUUAAUGGCAAAGGCUGUAGGUUACUUUGAACAAAACGCCUGGAAUAAAGUAAUUGGCGGCGAAUCUGCUGAUGUGAUUAGCUACAAGAUGACUACGGCUGUAUGGCAUGUUUCUUGGGGAGAUCCAGAGGCCAACACGGAUACAAGCGGUGGCUGGGAGAUCUUUAAUGCUAUUCUUGGCUGGAACAAUACAGCUACUAUUGGUACCAUUGUCAGUUACUGUCUCUACUGGAUUGCUGUUGCAUUCGCUCUUGUGUACAUGAACUGGAAAGAGAGACGCGCUGCUAUUGCCAAACUUCAAAACGGUGAUUGGGAAGUCGAUGGUGAUGCUGCUCUUGAGAACGCCAAAGCCUAUAUUGAUCAAGAUGGUGUUAUUGUAGGCGAAGAAGAAACUGCGCGUGCUACUACAUCUACUGAUAUUACACCUUCCUUAAGCCAAGAGGCAGGCCAUCGUCAUGUCAAUGAAGCGAUUGAAAUGUCGAAUACUUCCUUCAAGGGAAAAUAUUAA